GGGACAGUGAUGGGCACGCCCCAACCCGAGGCCUCCGGGCCGGAAGACGCGCUGACCGCUACAGCCCAGAAGUGCUAAGAUCAAGAUGGGGUCCCAGGUCUCCGUGGAUACAGGAGCUGUGCACGUGGUGAUCGUGGGUGGGGGCUUUGGAGGGAUAGCAGCCGCCAGCCAGCUGCAGGCACUGAAUGUCCCCUUCAUGCUGGUGGACAUGAAGGACUCCUUCCACCACAACGUGGCUGCCCUCCGGGCCUCCGUGGAGAGCGGGUUCGCCAAAAAGACAUUCAUUUCUUACUCAGUGACCUUCAAGGACAACUUCCGCCAGGGCAAAGUGAUUGGCAUAGACUUGAAGAACCGGAUGGUGUUGCUUCAGGGUGGCGAGGCCUUACCCUUCUCACAUCUUAUUCUGGCCACAGGCAGCACUGGGCCCUUCCCUGGCAAGUUUAACGAGGUGUCCUGUCAGCAGGCAGCCAUCCAGGCCUAUGAGGACAUGGUGAAGCAGAUCCAGCGCUCACAGUUCAUCGUGGUGGUGGGAGGCGGCUCUGCAGGAGUAGAGAUGGCAGCAGAGAUUAAAACCGAAUAUCCUGAGAAGGAGGUCACUCUUAUCCACUCCAGAGUUCCCCUGGCCGACAAGGAGCUCCUGCCCUGUGUGCAGCAGGAAGUAAAGGAGAUCCUCCUCCGGAAGGGUGUGCAGCUGCUGCUGAGUGAGCGGGUGAGCAACCUGGAGGAACUGCCUCGGAAUGAGUAUCGGGAGUACAUCAAGGUGGAGACAGACAAGGGCACGGAGGUGGCCACCAACCUGGUGAUUGUGUGCAACGGGAUCAAGAUCAACAAUUCUGCCUACCGCAGUGCGUUCGCAGAAAGUAAGCUGGCCAGCAAUGGGGCUCUGAGAGUGAACGAGUUCCUCCAGGUGGAAGGAUACAGCAAUAUUUACGCCAUUGGUGACUGUGCCGAUAUCAAGGAGCCCAAGAUGGCCUACCAUGCUGGCCUGCACGCCAACAUUGCCGUGGCCAACAUUGUCAACUCCAUGAAGCAGAGGCCCCUCAAACCCUACAAGCCAGGUGCACUGACAUUCCUCCUGUCAAUGGGCAGAAAUGAUGGUGUGGGCCAGAUCAGUGGCUUCUACGUAGGCCGCCUCAUGGUGCGGCUGGCCAAGAGCAGAGACCUUUUCAUUUCCACAAGCUGGAAAACCAUGCGGCAGUCUCCACCGUGACAGGGAAGCUGCGUGGGAGUUGAGAGACUGACCACCUGCUGGCAGCUUUGUCCCCGGGGCUCCGCUGUCUGUGGAUGCCAGUCAGCAAGCUCACCCUCUCUGGGGGCAGGAUUAACUACCCGAAGGAAGCCUGCCAUGCUGCUGUCUGGCCAGGAGUUUUACAGAGCAUGCCGGGACUCUUCAGUGGCAGGCCUUGUGUUAUUUCUUUACCACACACUGUCUGAAUCUAUCUGUGGGGACACAGUUUUCCAAAGAGGAGGAGAAUAUUGCAAUAAAGGGCUGUUAUAAGAAAGACACUGGAUCUUUUAUUUUUUUCUUCUCAUUUUUCUUUUUCUUUAAAAAAACAAAAAAACGAACAAACAAAAAUCCCGAAGCAAAACCCUUUUAGGCAUAGUUACAAAUAUUUUAGGCGUCAGGGAGGGGACCGUAUAACAGAAAAGCACCCCAUGAUGUUUUUCUCAUCUUCUCUCCACUGAGGGAGACAGCCAGUAUACCUAGGUUAGACAGUCACGUCCUUUUCACUUAGAAAAAGGAGGAACCAAACAUGUAGGAACUUUGAACGGAUUUUGUGUGUGUGUGUGUGAGAGUGUGUAAAAGUCAAGGCUAUAAAUCUAAACAAGGUCUAUUUUUAUGUUUGUUUGUUUUAAAAAAAGUUCUAAAACAACAGGAAGAAAAACACACGGAAAGAAACCCCUGGUGGAGACCUGGUUAAUUGUGGAAGAGAGGCCCUUUGUAAAGAGAAUAUAAAAUGCACUGGGCCCCUUCCCCGGGCAGGCAGGACCUGUUCCAGCCGCCUCCGCUCACCCUCUCAGCCACCCGCUCUGCUCCCAUGCCCCAUCACCCUUCUGCAAUCCUUUUAAAAAAUAAAACCCCCACUCUUGUGACGUCA